CGCGAGCCGUUGUGCGAGCAAGGAGGCUAGAUGAUUACCCCCGAAGCCCUCGCUAUGAGGCCGAUCGGGGUAGAGGCGACUCCCGCGGCCGAUGGGAGAGGGACGRCAGAUACGAGAGAUCGGACCGGGAUGGAUAUAGGGACGACAGAUACGAGAGGUCAGGUCGAGAUGGCCACAGAGGAAGUAGAUAUGAGAGAGGAGAUCGGGACUGGGAACGACAAGAUGGGUCGCGCGGACGGUUUGAGCGCGGGGGAGAAGCGAGAGAGCAGCGCGACGAAUCGCGGGGGUGGUACAACCGAGGGGACAAACGCGAUGAGUCCUGAGGACGAUAUGACUCGGGGGACCGCCGAAAUGAAUCGCGAGGGCGGUAUGAGCAAGGAGGGUUUGGAGGAGACCAGCGCAACGAUCCGCGCGGUCGGAAUGAGAAAGGGGAAUAUGGCGUCUCAUCAGAACCAUAUCCCAAACGACAGGGCAUCUACUCCGAGGAACUCAUGCGUUUACUGUAGAGGAGAAGAUCAUAUCAAGAGGGAUUGUCCGGACCUUAAACGGGCAAUAGAAGAGGGACUUGUCGUGCUUAACGACCGCAAGUACGUCAAGUGGGCAGAURAUCUCGGAGAUGUAUCGAUGUUCCCUUCGAUGAAAGAGAAUGUCGAAGCAAGGAGAAUAAAGGCGAGUAAAGGAAUGGAGCCGGUCAGGAGCCAGAGCAUCAAGAUAACCUUUGAGGGGGAUAUAGCGACCACACCCAUAAGGGUGGCAGCCACCAAGUCGGCGAGAGGGUCUACAUCGAAGAAAACUGACACGGAUUACGUGAUGGUGGAGAAGGACGGGCAGCGGGUCGAUGGAGAGGAGGUUAUCCUUUCGCCGCGAAAGCGGGGAGUGAAGAAGUUCUUAAUGAAGAGUUCGCUGAACGAGAUUGACACGGUUGAGCCACUGAGGCGGGCCCUUCGGCAACCGAUGCAGUGCUCUAUUCUGGAGUACUUGGCGGCAUCGAAGCCAGCUCGUGAUGAGUUACAGAUGAUCACGCAAAAGACUCGCAUACCUCUAUCGGAGGAGGGUCAGGCCCCUAAGGCGGAAACUUCUACAGUAACAGUAACGGGGCUGACUGCGGCGACAGUCCUUCUCGAUGGAAUUGAAGGUGUGCCUCCAGACAAGUUUUAUAUACUUGGUAGCGGGGUCGUGGAGACGAUUAUAAACGAGGAAGCGGUACUCGAUGCUGUGAUUGAUAACGGCAGUGAGGCUGUCAUCAUAGACGAGGACCUGGCGGUACAAGUUGGACUGGAUCUCGAUAGGUCAUACCUAUUCGAGAUAGAGACGGCUGAUGGGAGAAAGCAACAGAUCACUGGGGUUUGUCACAAGGCAAUCCUAGAGGUCCAAGGGGUGCGAGUGACCCUGCCUGUCUUUGCAGUCAAGAACUGCAGCUCUGACCUGCUCUUGGGUCGAACGUGGCUCAGCCACGUGCACGCGGUGACGAUAGAGCGACCUGAUGGGAGCCAAACAUUGUCCAUUAAGAAGCCAGACGGGACGCGGGUAAUGAUUGAGACAGUGGAGCCUCGGGAUCCGAGGAACAGAGCAGCUCUCGAUGUGGGUGCAAGAACCAGUGAUCAGAUUAAGUCGUUGCCUAUCUCCAGCCGCUCGGUGCGAUUUCGCGAGAAGAAAUAUGGACCACUGCUCACAGAAGAAGAAGGUCGGAUCGUGGAGGUGGAAGAUUUAGGAAGCCGGCUAAUAGUAGACGGCAACUCGUACCCGAAGGAAAAGGAUGAAGAAUUUGGCGGUGUGGUAUCCGUGUCUUUUUUAAGGGCACGGUUCCCUACGGGGGGCUCCCCAAGCGACACAAGCGAGUAGCUCAAAAAGUUAAGCCAGCGGCGGUAGGCCGCGAGCGAUC